AUGGCAGCGGCUGCGUCGGCGCCUCCGCCGCCUCUGCUGGACGCAGCGGCGACGGCGCAAGCGGUUCAGACGUUGCAGGAGGUGACGGGGGUGGCGGACGAGACGCACUGCCGCCAGGUUCUGGAGGCGCACGCGUGGGACGUCAACGCCGCCGCCAGCACGCUCCUCGCGGUCGCCGCCGCGGAUCGAGAGCACUUUGGCGGCGCCUCAGGGGGUGAUCUGGGAGGCGGCAGCGGCGGCGGAGAUUCCGCUGCUGCUGCUGCCGGCAGGUUAGGAGCGGCUGCUGGCAGUUCCGCCGGCACCAGCUUGGCGCGUUCCGCAGGCGCAGGGGGAGGGGCCACAGCAGCAGCAGGAGGAGGAGGAGGAGCAGGAGGAGGAGGAGGAAGCGGAGGGCCCAUCGGCAACUCGAAUCUGCGCGCACGGACGGGAGGGCUUGUCGCAGGCGGGGGAAGCGGGGGCGGAGGCGGCGGCGGCGGGGGCGGGGGGGGAAGCAGUCCCGGAGCAGCAGGAGCGGCUGCGGACGGCGCCACGGGCGCACUCCCUCCCGCCGUCUCCGCGCUCCGUUCGGGCCGCGCGCCAGUCCGCGCGUCCCACCGCAACUCAUCGUCGUCGCUCCUCUCGCGCCUACUGUCCCUCCCCUUCUGGGUGCUCCGCGGAGGGCUGGGGGUCAUGGCUAGUCUCUUCGGCCUGGGCUUGUGGGCGGCAGGCGGUAUCUUAUCCACCUUCUUCGCGUCUCUCAGCUCUGUGACGCUCUGGCUAGCGGGUGGCCCGCACCCGUACAGCGGGCAUCAGGGGACUAUCGGCGCGCUUCACCCUUCGCAGCAGGCCGGGGGAGCGGCGCAACAACAGGCGCAGCGGGGGGGCGGAGGGGGAGGGGGAGGGGGGAACCAGCAGGCUCAAGACGCGGCGAUCUUCCGCCAACGGUUCGAGGCGGAGUUUGGGUCCGGGCACCCCGAGUUCUUUCCGGGGAGCUUCGCGGACGCGCUCCGGCGCGCGGGCGAGCAGUUCCGCUUCCUGCUGGUGUACCUGCACGCGCCGGAGCACGCGGCGACGCCUAGGUUCUGCCGCGACACGCUGUGCGACGCGGAGGUGGUGCGCGUGAUCGACGAGCAGCUGGUGCUGUGGGCAGCGGACGUGCGCAGCGUCGAGGGCUUCCAGAUGAGCCACCGCCUGCACGCCAUCCAGGGCUACGUGUCGGCGGGCGAGUUGAGGGCAGCGCUGGAGCGCGCAGUGGAGGACCAUGGCGCGGUGCUGGUGGCGGCGAGGGCGGACGCGGAGGAGAGGGCGCUCACCCGCCGCCUGCGCGAGGAGCAGGACGCUGCUUUCCAUGCCGCGCUGCUCGCUGACCAGGAGCGUGAGAGGGAACGGGAGGAAGCUGCGAGGAAGCAACGGGAGGAGGAGGAGGCGGCAGCACGGCGGGCGGAGGAGGAGGCAGAGCAGCAGCGGCAGGCAGAGAGGGCAGCCGCGGAGAAAGCAGCUGUGGUGGAGAGGAGGCGGUCAGAGGCCAUGGGGAGACUGGGAGAGCAGCCAGAGAAAGGCCCAGACACCACUCAGGUGCUGAUUCGCCUGCCAGGGGGCGAGCGCAAGGAGCGGCGGUUCCGCUCAACUGACCGCGUGCAGGCCCUUUACGAUUACGUGGACUCAGAGGCGCUGGGAUCGCUGCUGCCCUCGCACCACUACCUGCUCGUCUCCAACUUCCCCCGCACCGUGUACGACGCUGAGAAGCGCUCCAAGACGCUGCAGGAAGCGGGAUUGCACCCGCAUGCGAGCUUGUUCGUGCAGAUGGAGGAGGAGCCUCAGGAAGAGGCGAGGGAGAGGGAGAGGGAGAGGCCGGUUGAGCCCAAGGGGAAGGAUUUGUAG